AUGAACAACCAAUAUUACCUGCGGCAACGCUUUUGCACGAGUAUAACAUGCUCCCCGGCUAAAAUUAGCUGCCACGGACCGCUGCCGGUUUUGCUGAUUGCUCUUUUUUGUUGCUUUGGUCGCGGCGUGUUUGACUUCGACUAUGUUAUACGUGUCUUUGGUUUCUCCAAGGGGCCACAGAACGUGAAAUAAAAAAAAAAAAAAGAAUAAACUGUCUAAAAAAAUCUGCUCGGGAAAAUGGCCGACAAGGAAAAUAAAUGAGAAACAGUGAAGUGAUAUAUCAUUUUUUCGGUUCCAGGAAGCUGACCGUGCAGAAGUGGAACGCGAAGUUUCCAUUCUGACGCAACUUCGUCAUCCUAGAAUUGCCCAAAUCUACGACGCUUUUUACACAACGACAAAUGAUGUUGUCCUCAUUAUGGAAAUGUGAGUUUUUGAUUUUUCCGGAAAGAGAUAAGCCAGUGUACACCCUAGUUUACAUAGAAAGUUAAGCAACUCGUGGUCAGUUUAUUUCUAAAUACGCUGUUUUUGAAAGGAAAUAAUUGGAAAACAAUUUCGAUUCGAAAUUUCUUUUGAAAAAGAUCCGUAAACUUUAAUUUCAGUCUUUCAAUCAAUUCAAGAACUUUUUCUGUUCCUCUCUGUUUCCAAAAAGUUCUUCGAUUUUUCAAAGUUCUUCCUGUCAAUAACGUAGACAUCCAUUCUCGACCCGAAAAAAAGUUUCCCAAUGUUUUCUGUAAUGCAUUCCUCAUGACGCGACGACGUUUCGUUCUUCUAUUCCAAAAUGAUUCAUCACAUAUUUUUUUUCAAGAAUUUCUUUUUUCUUUCUCUUUCAUACGUGGAAACUAACAUUUGGAACGUUACAGAGAUCAGAAAAGUUGAAAAUUUUCAAGGGAAAUUUCCCCAAAGUUGAGAAAUAUUUUUGAAACAGUAAAUUACAGUGUUCGAGGAGGUGAAUUGUUCGACCGGGUUGCUGAGGAAACUUAUGAGUUGUCUGAGUUGGCAGUGGUCAUGAUCAUUUGUCAAUUAUGCGAGGCGAUUGACUACAUUCAUCAACAGAACAUUCUUCAUUUGGAUGUCAAGGUGAGACAGAAACCUUGAGUAAUAAUGUUCGUUCGCUGACGAGUAGAUCUUUUUCUGAAUAUAGACUAAAUUUUCGAAGUCCAAAAGAAGUCAUUUCAUUAAAAAAAUCGUACUUUUUUUUUCCUACGUUGUUUUCUAAUUUUUUGGGAGUCGUAGCUGUUAAUUAGCAAAAGAACUAUAAAAAAUAGUACGAAAAUUCAUAGUCCUAACUUUUUGACCUUUUUAGAUAUUUAUUGGCAAAAAAAGCCAUCAAAAAGCCGGGCGGAGGUGUUCGUUUUUUUCCACGAAAAGAUUCCGAAGUGUAAUCGGGGUGGUAUCAGCAGUUCACGUGCCGCCUGCUCCCAAAUUAUCUCAAUCGGAAGCUGACAACUGACGGCUCGGAGAUCUUUUUUCGUGUUUUUUUUCUGGUUUAUAGGUUGCGAGAGCAAGAACCAUGGGAAUAUGAGGUGAAGUUGAAGGGAGUGAAAAAAAGAAGCUUUCAAGCGUCUGACUGUGAGAAUCAACAAAAAAACGAAAAAGUUCAAAGUUUCAUGAGUUUAAAUUGAUAUUUCUUCUGUUAGAUCAAAAAGGUUGUUGCAAUAAUUAUGACGCGCUACAUAUUUCGAAAAAAAUGCAAUAAAACUUAAAAAAAUCCACAAUUCAUACAUAUUUAAUAUUACCAAUUAUUUCAAUUUUCAGUGGAAGUUUUUCUUAUCAAUCUAAAGCAACAUUUUUUCAGCCAGAAAACAUCAUGUGCGUGUCCCUCACUGGCAACCGGAUCAAACUGAUCGACUUUGGCCUAGCUCGUCACUAUGAUGGAACUCAGGUUUUUUUCCUUCCAACUCAUUGGAAAACUCAAAUAUCAAAUAUAGGAGCUCAAAUACAUGGCGGGUACCCCCGAAUUCGCGGCUCCAGAAGUGAUCAAGUUCGAAAAAUUGGACUAUCACACGGAUAUGUGGAGUGUCGGCGUGAUAACUUACAUUUUGUGAGUUUUCAAACUUGAUCUUUGGUUUAUAUGGCUCGCGUGUCAGUGUGUGAUUAGAAUAUUCAGAAAAAAAGAGAGAAAAAAGUUGCACCUGACAAAAAUUUCCGAAACUAUGAAAAGUUCACAACUUUUUUGUUUAUGAAGGAACUUUUCCAGGCUUUCCGGAUAUUCUCCUUUUAUGGGAGAUAACUUGGGAGAAACUUAUUGCAACGUGGAACGAGGCGUUUGGGAGUUCACUGAAGAGUUCGAUCUCGUCAGCGCUGAGGCCAAGGAUUUCGUCUCCAAACUCAUAGUCUAUGAUCAAAAGUAUGUUUUUAUUCCAUUUUCUGAAGUCUUUUUGCAUUUCGAAAUAGCCAAAACAAGUUGAUUAGUUUAUUCGUGGAAUUUGAAAGGGUUCGGUGGGACUCUAUCAAGUUUCUGUGUCUCAAACUCAAGAAAUUCGUACCAACCUUUAUUGGAAUGACGAAAUACCAAUUUUGGUGACCUUUACAAAAAGUGGCUUUGUCGGAAAAAGGCAUGAGAGUCGAGUCUGGGCUUCCAUAAAGAGACAAUUUUUUUGCAAAUUUUCAACGAACAGUAAUUUCCGAACGUCAAAAAUAAUCUACGCUGAUAAGUGAUUGUGAAAAUUUUUUUGAAUGGUUUCAAUUUUUUCCAUUUUUCUUAUGAAAAUCACCCAAAAUCCCUCUUUUCUUCAGCUCAUGUAUAUUUUUGUGAUAUCAUUCCACGAUUUGAUUUCUAUAACCCAAUGGCAGUAAUGAACUCAUAUCGGGGUUCGAAAACACCUCCAAAGUGAUGUAUUUUUCAGUAGGACAUUAUAAAAUUUGCGGGCACAUGCUAUUUUCCUGAAGUUGCAAAAGGCCAAUUUCUUCGAGAGAAAUCAUAUUUCGCCUACGCAGAAAUAUCUGAGCUUUUGAGUGCAAGUCAUUUGGAUUAAUUUGAGCGUGGGCUGAGUGUGAAGAGAAAGAGUUUUCUGGAAAAAAUAGAUUUUCAUGAUUAAGUGAUGAAGCGCAAAAAGGGAAUAAUUGAACCGAUAGCUAUGUAGAUAAGAUGCGCAAAAAUCUGGAAUUAUAAAUACGGCUUCUAUCGAUUUGAAAAAAAUUUAAGCUGCCUUUUUUGGCUUGUUGACAAUGAAAUUCACUUCACAAAAUUGUAGUAAAAUCAAAAAAGUCGCAAGUUAUUCGAAAAAUAAUAAUUUUAGAGCGAGACCACCAAAUUUAUCCUUAAAAUGUUUAAAAUUGUUGAAAAACCCCAUUUUUAGUGUGUCGAGCCAGCGGCUCAUAGAAACUCUAUCCUGCUGUUAUAACAUAGAUGACUUUUUGACAAACUUUUUCUCACUUUCCCCGACAAAACUGACAAGAAAUAAAUGCAAAGAAAUGAAAAAAACACGAUUUUUUUCUUUUCAGGAAAAGGAUGCUGCCUCAUGAAUGCCUGAAACACCCGUGGAUCGCAGUUCAUCGGCAGAAGGCGCAGUGCAAUGCGACGCUUGAAAAACCACUUGGAGCGCCUCAAAUGGACAACAAGAUGAUGAUGCGUUACAAUGCCAAACGCAAGUUCCGGGUGAGCAUUUCAGCGAAAUAUUCAAAUUUUUGUUAGCUCUUAUCCAUUUCUUUUUCAUUUUCAGCUUCAAAAGUAAGAAAAAAAAACAGCUACAUAAUUAUUUUUCGAGCUCUGAGAGUGUAUUUUAAGUGAAAAAAAGCAAGUGCCAAAAUUUCCUUCCAGGUCUCUUAUUCAAUAGGUGAGGAGAUUUUUAAUAAGACGACUAUGGCCACAGUAAAAAGUUUAUUCCUGUAAUAAAAAAAUCAGCUCGGAGCGUUUUUUUAUUUCAAGGUACUAACUGUAAAUAUUCUUACUUUCCUGCUUAUUCAGGAAAAAGUCAAAAAACCACAGUUUACUUUUUUUCUCAUCUUUGUUCAUCUUAAGGAUUAACGUUUCAAUCAUUGCUUUAAAACAUCAAUUAAUAAACUUUUCUUUUGUCACACAUUCAAUUAACCUAUUCGAGCAUUUUCUGAUUAAUUAAUUAAUCUUUCAGCGCAUGAUCAUUUACGUGAAGUUCCUAAUUGAAAUGAACCGUCUGCGGAACUCGCUCCGCACUCGGAUGAGCGAGAGCGGCCACAAGUUCUUCGAUCCUCUGCUAAAAAUGGCCGAACAGAAAGAGAAGCGGGUACGAUAACAAUAAUUAAAAUCCGGUUUCUGAACUAUUGUUUCUUUUUCCAGAUAUCAGCAGUUUGCAAUCCCCUUUCAUUGAAAAGUGUUGUUGAAAAGGUUGGGAAAAUAUUUGGGGCGAUUUUUAAUCUCUUUUUUUUCCAGGCUUCCGCAGAAAAGAGGCCUGCACUCCCUGCGGUCGUCGAAGAAGUGAAAGAAGCCCCUCAAGUGGAAGAGAAGAAAAAGAAAAAGAAGUCGAUAACGAAAAAGACUGAUUCGGAUACUGAAGAAGAGACUUCCAAGAAAAGCAGUACUCGGCGAAUUGUCAGCGUCAAAGAGGUCAGAAAUUUUGAAAAAUUCGGAAAAAUGUUAAAAAUGCUAAUUUUUCUUCAGCUUUGGGUCAAUUAUUAUAUUCAUUGCUAGCUUUGGAAAAAAAUUAACACAUUUGUUGCACACUAAUCUGCCAAAGUCAAGAAAAACUCAAAAUAUUGACUAAACCCAUUAGUGAAUCGAAUAUACUCUAUUCGUAGCGAUUUAAUAGAGUCUGACAGAAAAAUCCUGUCAUCAUUGUUUUUUUUUCUAUUUCUGUUCACGAGUUAUAAGAAAACUCCUAGACAGUCUUGAUUUUUUUCUUCAGGAAGGAUUGGACAUCUCUACAAAAAAGAGAAGUUCAAUCGCUACCGACUCCCUCAUCAAGCCAUUGGACACCGAACUUCUCAAUGGAGCUCUAUCUAAAAAGUCUUCGAUUGCAACGGAAUCAACGCCUUCUGAAGCUGUGCCUUCUGUUCUGAAAAAGAAGAAGGCAAGCGUGACGUCCGUCAAUUCCGAGCCGCUGAAAAUGGCUGAGAAACACGAAGCCAAAGCUGAUGAAGCUGAAGCGAGACGAGCGUCUUUGCUUGGAGAAGAAAAAAAGAAAAGCGUGGUCAAGAAGAAGAAAAUUAUUGAUGCUAUCCAACAAUCGAUCGAUAAAGGAGACUUUUUCCCGAUUGAAGUUCGGGAAUCUACCGAAGUUCCUAAGCUUUCGAAGAAGAAGGCCGUUUUGACUGGCACCGCUCCAGAAGAAAAAGAAAAAGCUCCUCCACUGCCUUCGAAACCGCCACCAGCUGAGGCCAAAGUCCUCAAAACUCUCGCUCCGGAAAGUGGUACCGCACAAAAAACCUACAUUUUAAACAAGCCGCCUCUUCAUUCGGCUGAAAUCAAGAAGGUCGAGAAGAAAAUGGACAAAACCGAGAGCACUGAAAGCGCCAAAGAAAAUCAACGAGAUCCAGCUCGUCAGGUAUUUUUUCUUAUCUUGUCUAUAUUUUUUGCUCGUCUUCAUAAAUGCAUAAAACUUUUUAGGUUGCUCUGAGGCGAAAAGAAAAAGUGACAGACGAGGUCAUGAAUCCUACAGCUCUUCCUGCUCCGGAAGCUCCAACAGCUCCUAAAACAUCUAUUCGGAAAUCUCGGACGGCCACUGAAUCUUCUGCAACUUCUUCGAUUGUUGAUUUGUCAAGCUCGGAUGGGGAAAAGAAGACCAGCGAGAAAAUUAUCACAAAGAGAAGAGUUCGUUUUUUUCAUAGUUCAUUACCGAUUGUUUCAAAUUGUGAAAAAGCAAAAAAAAAAAAGACUUAAAUCAAGUUAAUCGAACUAUUUAAUCGUUAAGAAACUUUAUCGUUUCUUAGGUAUCCAAAACGCGAGAUCCCAGUGUUCCAAAAGAACCGUCAUCCGGCAAAGUUGAAAUCCCGGUUUGCAAGAAGUUUUUUUCAAAAAUUAGCAAGUCAAUACUUUUCCAGAAAACUUUCAAAUCUGAGAAAAUCGUGGAGUUCUCCAAGACCUUUGCUCCUGUUCCUGUGAAAGACGAUAUCAGACCGUUAUCCAGGCUUUCAGUUGCUUCUUCUCAGUCUUCCGACAAUGGUAAAUAAAUCAAAUAAGUUUUGAAAUCUCAGUUACCUGUUUCAGAAACACCGGGGGUGAAAAAGCUGUCUCUUUCCGUUGAAAGAAAGACGACAACAAUGACUUCUACGACGACCAGCGUCAAAAGGAAAACUGAGAGCUCUGAGAAGAAAGUUCAACAAACUUCUGAUGGCAAAUCUGUAGAGCAGCAUGAGAAGAAGAAAAGCCAACUGGACAAUUUGAAGAUUUGCCAGGUAAAAAUUUGACUUUUUCGCUUUUAACCUAAAUUUCAAAGCCAAAGCUAAAAAAAUAAAAAUAUUGAUAAAUAUAUUUCAAUUCCAACGUAUUCAGCCGCAUUCAAAACCAAUAAAGUUUCUUUUUAAUCCAAAGUUUUCAUCUCUUAUUCGAAGCGCAAGUUCAUUGACAAAUAGAAAUGAUUAAUUUUUCUGCUUUCCAGGUCACAGUCAAGAAAGAAGAGUCUCCAGAAGACCUCAAACCGAAGACUUCAGUCAAGAAAAACGUCGUCAAACAGGAUUCCCUGAAGUCCAGCGCCGAGAAAAACAGAAACGAGUCGGAGAAAAAAGACGACAAAGAAGUCCUGAAGAAAGUAUCGACCCUCACCGAAAAGACGGUCGAUAAGCUGACUCUCGAGAAGUCUUCAAAGGUAAUUGAUUGAAAUUUUCUAUGGUUUUUGAUUAUUUUUUGUAGGUUAACGGCGAGUCACUUCUCACGGCAAAAAUAGCUGGUACAAAGAGUGUCACUAAGAAGGCAGAGCUCAAAACUGAGAGAAAUUCUCUGGAUAGAGCUGAUUCUCUCAAAAAAGCUCAAGCCGUUCUGUCAGAGAAGGUAGGAUCACCCAGGAUUACCAUUUCAAACUAAAACCCAAAUCUUUUAGGUCACCAAUCAAAUGGAAAUCGAGAAAGACGGAAAAAAACUUCUUCAGCGAAAAAAAGACCACUGUUGCUAAGGUACUGAAGAAACCAAAAAUAUUUGAAAUCACAAAAAAAUAUGAAAAAUUUUCAGGUGAAACUCUCGCCUCAAGCUUCCAGCGAGAAAGUUGAGAAAGAACCGAAAGUCGGACCCUCGAGGCACAUUUCCACUUCCACAGUUCGUCUCCACAACCAUUAACGGAAAAUAUCCGUAAAUUCAGAUAAAACUUUCUCCGCAGCCUUCCUCCGACACCGCUUCUGAAAGCAGCGUCAAAUCUCAUGGUCUUCUGAAAAAAUCGCUCGUCAAACGGGAAAAUUCUGAAGAGCGCAAGAAGGUUAAACAUUUUUUUUAUUUUGCCCUCAUAAUACGCUUUUAAUCUUUAAUCGGCUAAAAGUAAAAAACUUUGAAGAACUGACUAAUUUAAUUAAUUUAAUAAAGCUAGAUAAAAAAACAAGUUUUUUUAAGUCGUAAUACUUACUCAUUAAAUAUUCGAAUAAUCAAAUGUCAUUUGUACUUUUAUCUAAAUACUUCCGAAAAACUAAUAGAUUUGAAAGCAUGUUGAACUUUCUUGAAGCUUUUAUAAUUUCUAAUUGGCUAUUGAAGUAGGCUAACAAAGAAUCGGAGUGAAUUUCAAAAUUUUUUCCAGAAUAUAUCCCCUUUGGCUAAGAAUGAGAGCCUAAAAAUUUGACUAUUACUGGAGGUUUACAAGGCUUCUGGUUUCAAAUUCAAGUUUUGGAUUUCCAGGUGCGAUUCGUUGGAUUCGAAGAAGAAAAGCCGGCCGUUCCCCUUUUUGGCAAUGGACUUCAAAAAAUGAGAUCUGAGAGCUGCCUCCCGAGCAAAAUCUCCAAGAUGAAUCAGCCAGUGGCCCAAGACGACGCCAGCGUCACCAGAAGGCCGUCGAUUCUAGAGCAAGACGAAGAUUAUGUGCCUCGAGAAGACUUCGGCUUCGACACUUUGAGGGAGAAGCUGAACAGAAGACUCAGCGACGCGGCUCAGCCAGAACUUGGCCCCAAAAAGACCUUCGUACCCAUUCCUCCAACUAAUUCAGUUAAAGAAAAACUCAAACAGUUUGAGAGGCUCAGGAAGCAACUUUAA